AAUUGAACAGCCAGAUACCAUAUAUACAGCUGUGCAUUAUUAAUUAUUAAUUAUUAUACUCCACUGCGUAGUAGCUACAUCGAUAGAUCAUGGCAACCAACGUGUUCGGAACGCCGGUGACAGACGCGACGGUUCGGCUGGUGUACCCGAACCUGCGGCCGGAAGAAAUAACGGCGACGCUGAGAGCGCAGGUGGCGCUCCGGGACAUGAACGCGAACAACCGGGCGGACAACGCCAGCACCUACGUCCACAACCUCAAGGACGCCUACGGCACCGGCACCACCACGCUCGUCACCUUCUUCAACGCCACCGGCGGCGACCUCUCCUUCGUCAGCUACCACUCCUGGGAGGGCAGCGUGUGGCGCUACCCGGUCCCCCACCUCGUCCAGAACGGCCAGUGGGGCGCCUUCCUCCACGUCCGCGACCGCCUCAUGGGCCCUUCCAAGGCCGCCCUCAUCUUCUCCGGCUUCAAUCACGCUGGAGUUGCUUGUGAUUGGUUGCUUGCUUGGAACACUCCUCGCCGUCACUUCCAGAACCGCGUUUAUACGGAGAUCCGUGCGUUGAGAGGGUUCAACUCGGUGAACUGGAAUACCAUAGAUAAUGCGAUGGAAAGGAACCUCAACAAUCACACCACAACUUGGAACGGAUGCUUGUCCAGUAUGGCAUUGGGCUCAGGCAGUUCGCCGCAACUAGUGGCAAGGGUGAGCUUGGAUGGUCUGAGCCAAUUGAUCGCUGAAACCGAGCCGGUGCCCGCGUCCCUCGAUUCCAAGUACGUCGAUGACGACGGCCAAGAUGAUGCCGAGCCCACUGAUGCCGCCGCCUCCACCGCCGCUUCUUAAUUCCAUCUUAAUCCGUUCCUGUUUCCACGGAGUGAAUAAAUAAAUCAUCAGUGUAUUGCAAAAUACUAUAAUAAAACUGGCGGCCUAUGACAUGGCUUCCACGUCCGUUCAUCAUCAGAUAUGUUUAUGUAAUCAUUCCUAUGAAUAAAGCUUUAUCCGCCCAUCUACUUCUAUCAAUAAACACAAUAAAUAGGCUUCCACGAUUGUCAUGUCUUACAGCGAUUGGCGGACACCAAAAGUUUAAAUGAGAAGAUGGAGUAUAAAUGAGAAAUUGAGAAUGGUUCGCACCGACUCGGAUGCAAUAGUGGUUUAUUUCAUACUAGAUUGUCACUUGUGGGAUGCAAUUUAAUAUAGUAAUACGAUGCUGUUUAUUUACAUCAACAGUAACGUCAAAGAAUCAUUAUAUUAUAAUGUGUAAAUUAGGGGUCGGCACGGUCUGGGAUGGUCCGGGAUUUGGUUUAUUCCAAUUCCGUCCCGGUUUUAUAACAACGGUCCGGUUCGGUACGGGAUAAGUCUUUAGCCCAAUGUUGUCCCAUUUAAAACGGGACCGGGACAACCCGAGAAAAACCGGGACGGUUCGGGAUGUCCCAUAAAAUAUGCAUUUGUGAAAUGUGAUAUAAAAAUAAGCAUAACAUCAAUAUAAAGAUGUAACCUUUUGUUUUUGCCAAUUUAGCUUCCCCAAAAAGUUAAGUUAAA